AUGAGUUGCUUUGGAGAAGAAGAAUCCCUCAAACGGAAAAUUGUAAUUGUAGGUGAUGGGGCCUGCGGCAAGACUUGCUUAUUCUGUGUCUACUCUAAAGGUGAUUUCCCUCAUAGUUAUGUUCCAACUAUUUUUGAGAAUUCAGUGAAAGAUACAGUCAUCGAUACAAAGCAAGUGGUGGUUGAGUUAUGGGAUACAGCAGGCCAAGAGGAUUAUGAUCGAUUAAGAACUUUAUCCUAUCCUGAUGCUGAUGUUAUUCUAGUCGCAUUUUCCAUCGAUGCGCCAGAAUCUCUCUCUAACGUGAAGGAAAAGUGGGUACCAGAGGUGAGGCGAUAUUGUCCUCCAGAUUUACCUGUUCUUCUAGUGGGUUGUAAAGCAGAUUUAAGGCAGGAUAAAAUGGUCAUUGAAAGUUUACAAAAAGAAUCUUUAACACCCGUUACAACUUUACAGGGUCUGCAAAUGGCAAAAGAGUUGGGAUUCUAUAAAUAUGUCGAGUGUUCCGCAUUACUAGGAAAAGGUGUGAAUGAAGUGUUCUACUCAGCUAUUAAAAGUACUAUGAAACAAUCAGCUUGUAUUAUAUUAUAA